AUGAAACUUCUUCUCUACUUUUUGAUGAUGGUAAAUGUUUCCAAUGCUUUUUUAUGGUUACCAUUUGUAAGUUUUCAAAUUUCAUUUUAUUUUUGAAGAAAUAAUUAAUCCAAAUAAAUAUUUAUAAUAUUUAGGCUAACCUUGGUUCCAUGUUUGAGACUUUGAAACAAAGCGCAUUUGGUUCCGGCGGUCCAGAUUUCAACGAACCUGACUCUCAUUCUAUAUUUGACUUCGGAAGAGAAUUAUUCAAUGGCCUUGGUAAUCUUAUCUCUUCAUCAUUUGGUGAUGAGGAAAAAAUGAGUCUCGCCUCAAAUCUUCGAGAGAUUUUCAAUCUAACAACUUCCUCUACAAAACCAACAACAAAACGAGUUCUGCCAAAAAUUCAUCCAGUUGAUCGACCAAUUCCAAAUCUUAUCCCAGUUCGAACAACACCUGAACCAAUUCCCGAGGAGAUCAAAUCAUACACAAUUCCACCAAGUUAUCUAACAACUUCAACAGCUCUUCCUGAAAUCACAACCACUUAUGAUCCACGACCAAAGUUCCGAUUUAGCACAACAACAGAGCCACUGAUUGUGAAAUUUAUCAAAACUUCACGAACUUCUACAACAACAUCUACACCUAGUAUUCCUGAAGAACUUCGUGGGUUUACUACAAAAUAUGCCACCUUUGCACCUAAUAUUCAAGCUCAAAAAACUGAAAGUACAACAACUUCGAAGGGUAAUCUUUUCACAAAACCAGCAUAUCCAAUUUGGCCGACUACAGUAAGAUCAAUCACACCAACUCCACCAACAGAGUGAGUAGAAAUUUUGUUUUAUGUUACAAAAUAACUUGUUUAUAUUUUCAGAAUCACACCAGAAUAUCCAACAACUGCAACAUAUAUCAAACCUUCCAAUGUUUGGAAGAAAAUCACACCAGAAUUCAUCACCGAGCAUACAACUCAAGUUUAUACUACAGAAAUGCCAGAGACUACUACAGUAACCACAACUACCGUACCUACAACAACUACUACAGAAAUUGAAACAUCAUCUGUUACUGCACCAAUUCCUUUCAUCAUAAAGGUAAAAUCUGCCUGGUAAUCGGCAAAGAAAAAAAACAAUAUUUAUUUUUAGGCGCGAAAGUUUACUCGUCCACCGAUCAACGAAAAAAUAGUGGUCACUUCCUCACCGCUAAUGAACAAAUAUGACACAUGUCAGCCUGAUCAACGGUGUUCGAUCAAACUUCGAAGCUUCGAAACUUCUGAUCCGCUAUUCCAAUAUUGUUAUAGUCAUUCAACAAUGAUUGAUGAUUCAAUUCAAGAUUUGUUGAAAGAAACACAAACCACAGUUUUUCCUGUGCAUAUUUCAUGGCAACAAUCUGUAACACCUGAAACUAUACAAUUGGUUCAAACUUUGAUGUCAUUAUAUAGACCAUCAAGAUGUUUAGUUGUAGGUUAGUGUUUUAAAAUUUGGAGAAAAAACUUUGGAUUUAAAAGCAGUUCAUUCCAAACUAAAAUUUACAUUUGUCAGGAGUAUUCACUGGAAUUGGACUUCUUGGCGUUGCUGAACGUGUAGAUUCUCGAGGAAUUGUUGUAGCUUUAGAACAUCCAGCCUACGCAGUAUUUUGGGAGAAAGUUGGACAAAAGCAUGCCAAAAAACUAACGACUGCUCAAAUGUCUAGAAUUCAGAUGAGAACUUCAGAAAGUAUCGAAAAAAGUUUGCCAAGACUUGCUGCAAAUGAGCCAAACACUUUUGAUUUUAUUUUCAUGGAUGAUUUUAAGCGUGAAAAUUAUUUGGAUAAUUAUGAACAUUCGAUUCGUCUUUUGCGAAGUGGCGGAUUAUUGAUAAUCAAUCAAGCAUUGAAUUCUGGUGGUGUGAUGUCGCCAAUUGAUUUUAUGACAAAUGAUGAUCGAGUUAUAAGAAAUAUGAAUAUUCGAAUUAAACAAGAUGCAAGAGUUUCUGCAUCUUUAUUGCCUUUUGGUGGUGGAACAUGGAUUAUCACCAAAAAUUAG